AUGAAUACCAUGGAUAACUUGGAGAAACAGCUGAUUUGUCCCAUAUGUCUGGAAAUGUUUACAAAGCCUGUCGUCAUCCUACCCUGCCAGCACAACCUCUGUCGAAAAUGUGCCAAUGAUGUUUUCCAGGCUUCAAACCCAUACCUUCCAACGAGAGGUGGCUCGUUGACGUCUGGUGGCCGCUUCCGAUGCCCGUCCUGCAGACAUGAGGUGGUUCUGGACAGGCACGGUGUUUACGGGCUGCAAAGAAACCUGUUGGUUGAGAACAUCAUUGACAUGUUCAAACAGGAGUCCAGCAGCAGCAAGCCAGCGCCAGAGAGAAAGGAAGGAAUGCCAAUGUGUGAUGUUCACGAGGAAGAAAAGAUCAACAUUUACUGCGUGACCCAUGGUGUGCCCACAUGCUCUAUGUGUAAGGUCUUUGGAGCUCACAAAGACUGUGAGGUGGCACCCAUCACCAGCAUCUACCAGACAAAGAAGACGGAGCUGAGUGACGGGAUUGCCAUGAUGGUUGGUAACAACGACAGGAUGCAAGGCAUCAUUAGUCAGCUUGAGGAAGCCUGUCGUGCCAUAGAGGAGAAUGGUCGGAGGCAGAAGACCCUGGUGUGUGAGAAGUUUGACCUGCUAUACUCAGUUCUGGAGACAAAGAAGAGGGAGAUGAGUCAGAAGGUGACGGCAGAACAGGAUGAGAAGGUGAACUAUAUCCGGGGACUGACCAGGAAGUACGGAGACCAUCUGGAGGAGAGUUGUAAGAUAGUGGAGUUGGGUAUCCAGACCAUGGAGGAACCGGAAAUGGCUUUAUUUCUACAGAACACAAAGCCUCUCCUCAAAAAGCUUGCAGAGGCAUCCAGUACAGCACACCUGGACAAAGUUGAGCGUGGCUAUGAAAAUAUGGAUCAUUACACUGUUGAUUUCAACAAAGAGGGCAAGGCCCUGCGCAGCCUUGACUUCCCCCAGGAGGAUGAAGACGAGGAUGAAGAGGAUGAGGAUGGAGAAGCAGGCACUGAGGAAGGAGAGGGGGCCCAGACUGUUUCAGGAGGCAGUGCUGUUACGGCUGCCUCCGUUGAACCCCCUGCCACCCAGCAGAGUAGCUCCUCCCCAAGCGCAGCCAAGAGCCCUGCCUCCACCUAGCUGUCAGCCGCCGGCCCAGACAAAACCUCAAUCAGGAGCAAGAUAUGUUUUGCUCCUAGAUGUUGAUUUCAGGUCAGUUGUGAUACUUUUCUCCCAGAUCUGGGAACAGUGAGACAGAUUUAGAUCUGCGCUGAAGGGAAAGUCUGAGUAGCUGAGGUAGAUCUAAAGGAAGAGACAGAAGUUUCAAUUCCCUUCCCUGUCUUUAAUUUUGAUUAUGUUAGCGUGCAUCAAUGUAUACUGACUGAUCGUAUACUUUUCUCUGUUAUUUUUUUUUAAAUACACCAAAUGACAGAUAGUCCAUGGGUUUCUAUUGGUUCCAGAAAUGAUGUAUUUUUUAUGUAGCGGCUUGAACUGCAUCAUUAGCAAGCAUGACAAGAAGGCCUCAGGUUUUCCUCCAUGUUGUAUACUUUUUUAUGACUGAUAUAACUUUAUGAGUAGUUAAAAAAUAUCACUGUGACAUUUCAGUAUUUCACACACAUAACAGGCUGUGUUAUGUGUCGUAUUCUUUGUCAUGUUACAAUUACGCAUUAUGUGUCAUUAAAACUGGAUUGUACAAACACA